AUGAUUUCUCCUGCUCAUGCUCCCUUGCCAUUUUCUGUCUACCAUGGAACAAUUGUUCAUACCCCGGAUUUGGGUAGCUUAGAUGUCCAUGUAGGAGCACGUAUAGGUGUUGACCAGAAAGGCACCAUCGUAUAUGUGGAAUUGGAGGAAUCACAGUUGUCGCCAUUGGAAGAGGCCUUAAAUUUUGAUAAGUCCCUCACGGCUGAAAAUGUUCAGGUGGUUGACUACUCAGGUGAUGGCUUUCUCAAAUUUUUUGUGCCUGGAUUUAUCGAUGCUCACAUCCAUGCCCCACAAUACCCCAAUUGCGGAGUGUUCGGAAGCUCGACGCUUUUCGAUUGGCUCAUUAAAUACACCUAUCCGGUGGAAAAACAGCUCAGGGACCCUGAACUCGCCAGACAAGUGUAUGAAAAAGUGGUGCAAAAGACAUUGGAAAACGGAACUACAUGCUGUGCGUACUACUCCACCAUCCAUGUUGAGGCCACCAAUAUCUUGGCCGAUUGUGCCUUCCAGCAGGGCCAGAGAGCCUUGAUUGGUCGAAGUUGUCAGGAUUGUGGUCUGCCUGACUAUAAAGACGAAGAUUCUCAAGAGGCUAUGGCUGCGAAUAUGGAGGUGAUCAACCAUAUCCAGAGCAUUGACAAGGACUUCUCGUUACUCAAGCCAGUUUUGACCCCACGGAAUGCGAACAAGUGCUCCGAGGACUUGAUGUUCGCAAUUGCCAGGGUCAGCCAGGACUUGAACAUCCCGAUUCAGACUCACAUGAGCGAAACGGAAGACGAGGUGCAGCGAAUUCUCAAGAUGUUUCCGCAUUGCAAGACUUAUGCUGAUAUUUACGACUACUACCACCUAUUGUCUUCACAGACAAUUUUGGGCCACUGCAUCUUUGUCUCCGAUAACGAAAUUGAACUCAUCAAUGAACGGAAUGGAGGCAUCGCCCACUGUCCUACGUCUAAUAGUUGUUUGACUUCGGGAGAAGCUCAUGUUAGAAAAAUGCUCGAUAGGGGUACAAAAAUUGGCCUUGGGACUGACGUUUCGGGGGGAUUCUCUCCUUCAAUUCUAACUACGGCCAGACAUGCGGUUCUUGUUUCGCGUCAUGUCGCUAUGAAAACAAAGAAUGAUAAGGACAAGCUCUCGGUAAACGAAGCAUUGUACUUAGCAACACUUGGAGGUGCUCGAGUUUGUGGCUACGAAGACCAAUUAGGAAGUUUUGAUGUUGGAAAGAAGUGGGAAUGUCAAUUGAUCUCCGUGGAGGAUGAUGUAUCACCUUUCGACACUUUUGCAUUCCUCAACCCAGACUUGAACGGUUUGAGGCUGGGGAAUGCAGACGAUGUGCAGAAAUUUCAAGACAUUAUCGACAAAUGGGUCUUCAAUGGAGAUGACCGAAACGUCCGCGAGGUGUACGUAAAUGGAAGGUGCAUCGUGAGAAAGUAA